AAGUCCAUGGCAAAGCGAACAAAUGAGAGGAGUCUAAAUAAACUGUGGAACCUGAUCCUGCAACCCUUAACUUGCUCAUUGGCUUUGUCUUCCUUGCAAAAAGGUGGUGGUUUUUUGGUUUGGUUUUGUUUUGUUUUAUAUUGAAAUUGCUAUUUCAAAAAAAACACUUUUUGGAGUGAAAACGCUGACUUCAGUGAGAUUACUCAAGUAAGGGUUGCAGAACAGGGCAGGCUGCUGUAUUCAUUCAUGUACAGUGGUGUAAAAUCAUAUGUGAGAUUGAGCCUGGUCUACACUUAAAAUUUAGAUUGACAUAGCUACCUCAAUCAGGGGUAUGAAAAAUUCCCACCCCUUGAGCGUCAUAGCUAUGCCGACCUAAUACCCAGUGUAGAUGCUGCUGUGUUGACAGAAGACUGCUUCUGUUGACCUCGAUCAGGGAGGUGGUGGUCUACUCUAUACAAAUGGUAAAAUCCCAUCCAUCAGUGUACAGUGUGUACACUAGGGGGUUAUGCUGGCAUAGCUAUAAUGACAUAGCUAUGCUGGUAUAGUCCCCAUAAUGCAGAUAUACCCUCAGAAGGUUAAUGAGGAUGAAGAGUUAUCUUCUCUAAGAUGGGUUUCAGAGUAACAGCCGUGUUAGUCUGUAUUCGCAAAAAGCUUAUGCUCAAAUAAAUUGGUUAGUCUCUAAGGUGCCACAAGUACUCCUUUUCUUUUUGCUUCUCUAAGAUGCUUUUAAUUAAUUAUAACACUUUUUUUAGUGAAAACAAUAUAUGGGGAAACUGAAACUCUGGGAUGGUGUGACAUGGCUCUCUGCAAUGCCAAGGAUAUAAUCCAGGAAUUCUCCUCGGUUGCAUGCUCUAAGCACUAUACUGUCCCCCUCCCGUUAGGACUUUAAGGACUGAUUAGCGUGGUAGCACACUAUCUGCAUCCCUCCAGCCUGAAAAAAUGACCCCAUUUGUUUACUGAUCUUUCUUUCGGUAAUAGAUUUUUCUUUCUAUUGACAUUUUAAUGUAAUUGGUUGAAUUAUGUGACUUGUUCUUUCCAAAAAAUGUUAUGUUUUUGUCAAAAGCAGCUGCGUGUGGUAGGGCCAAAUUUAAUUUGAACUUCUGUCUUCAUGCUUUAUUUCCUGUUUACACAAUACAAAAGGAACAAGGCAAAGCAAAAAAAAAUAAGCCUCAGUUUAUGAAUCAUGUUUUAAGUUUAAAAUGCCUGUCAGAGCGUGAAGAGGUGGUGGUGGCUGGUUGUUUGUAUUCUGAUAGUCCUUAGGGCCCCAACUGAGAUUGGGGUCCCAUUGUGCCGGGCACUAUGAAAACACAUAGUAAGGGACAGGUCAGGCCUCGAAAGACUUACAAUUUACAUAGGUCUCGUCUACGCUAAAUUUAACCAGUAUAGUUAGUGAUGCAGCCUCCCUAGUGAGGAUGCAGUUACACCAGCAAAAAGAUGCCUUAUACCCCAUAUCUCUCUUCCUGCAUGGGAAGAGGAAUAAGCUAUACCAGUAUGAGUCAUCUUUGUACCAGUAUAACUGUCCACAUUAAAGCUGUGUCAGCACUAGCUUUAACUUUCGCCGUUAAAACUUAUGUCGCUCGGGUGUGACCCCAACCAACAUAAAUUACACCGACAAGCGCUGGUGUGGACAGCGCUCUGUUGGCAGGAGAUGGGGGUUGGGAUGGUUUAAUUAUGUCAAAGGGAGAGCUCUCUCCCACCAGCACAGAGUGGCUACAUGGGAGAUCUUACUGCAGUGCAGCUGCAUCGUUACUGUAAGGUGUCUACUGUAGACAUAGCCUAAGGAUUGUACCAGUAUAACUAGAUCAGUGUUCCCAAAAAAAAAAAAAUCAUAUCACUAAGCAAAAUAGAUAUACUGGUGCAAAAUGACAGGUUUCAGAGUGGUAGCCAUGAUAGCCUGUAUCAGCAAAAACGACGAGGAGUCCUUGUGGCACCUUAAUAUAGGGAAAUUACAUUUUGUAAUGACCAGGACAUUACAAAACUGAAUUUCCCCCUACUAUUACUCACACCUCCUUGUCAAUUGUUUGAAAUGGGCCAACCUCAUUACCACUACAAAAGUGAUUUUUCCUCCCUUGGUAGUCUACUGUUAAUUGAAUUGUCUCGUUAGACUGACACCCCCCCCCCCCCGCCCUGCCACUUCGUAAGGUACCUCCCAUCUUUUCAUGUACUAUGUAUAUAUACUUGCUACUGUAUUUUCCAUUCCAUGUGUCUGAUGAAGUGGGUUUUAGCCCACAAAAGCUUAUGCUCAAAUAAACUUCUUAGUCUCUAAGGUGCCACAAGGACUCCCCGUUGUUUUUGGUGCAAAAUGUGUGCAGACCAAGUGAUAGACAAGACAAAGGGUGAGAGAAGAAACAGAGGGUCAGAGAUGUAAAGUGAAUUGCCUCAUGUCACAACAAUUUAGUGGUGGUUCUUCUUACUCGCAAGUUCAGUUUCCUGGUCUCAAGAUCACACUGCGGUGUGAGGUGGAACUUUGUAUGUGUCUGUUGUUUGUCAUAUUAAAGUAAGGGCUGACUUUUUUCUUUCACUUUACUAGUUAUUUUUGUUGGUACUUAAAAUUCUGGUUUAGAACUGUGGCCAAAAUAAAGGGUUUUUUUUUUUUGUUGUGUUUUGUUUUUUAAAGGAUUCUUUGUUUUCAGUUGGGAUUUACUGAAAGCAUUGGCACACAUUUUCUGUCUUUAAAUAUCAAGUAGAUAGAAUCAGUUAUCUGUGGUUCAGGAUCCAAACCUGCAGCUUUUACUCACACGGUUAAUUCCACUGAAGUCAGUGGAAUUGCUGAGCAGAAUAAGGAUUGCAUGAUUGAGUCCUCCAAGAAUUGAAAUAAUAAGAAUGGUUCUCCACCCUCUCCCCAUUAAAUAAUCUUUAUUUGUAAAGUCUCUAAAUAUUUUUGCAUGAUUUUUUUUAAAAAAAAAAUCAAUGAUGGAAUGUGUGACUUCUCUGGGAGUUCUGUACUGCAGUCUGGUUCCUUGCCAAACUGUUAUGUAAAAGAAUUCUCUGUGAAGAUAAACUAUGUUGUCAGUUUCUGUGUUGCAUCUGUGAUUUUUUUGGGGGGAGGGGAAGGAGGGAGGGAUGUUUUUCUUAGCAAACAAUGGGUUAAUAAUUAAGGCCUGGUCUACAGUGGGAAAUUCUAUCAGUAUAACUACUAUCUCUCUCCGUGUAAUUUUCACGCCUCCAAGAGAGGUAGGUAUACCGACCUAACCCCCCGGUGUAGACAUUGCUACAUCAACAGAAGAAUUCUUCCAUCAACCUAGCUACCGCUUCUUGGGGAGGUGGACUGCCUAUUCCAAUGGGAGAACCUCUCCCAUAGGCGUAGGUGGUGUCUACAUCAAAGCACUAUGGCGGCGAAGCCGCUGCUGUAGCAUUUUACGCGUACUCAUACUCUAACAGUUAUGAAAGUGCCAUGGUGAGCUGGGGAACAGUCAAAUCAUUAUGUCUGCUGGUCUGGCACCAGUUUCUUCCCCUCUGAGUUUUUUUUUUUUUUUUUUUUUGCUUGGACCUGAGUCCAAACCAGGUUCGUUUGUUUCAACUUGUCUGCCUUCAGCUGGAAUGUGCAUGUGUUCUGGCAGCAGUUUCCUGUGCAACCUCUGACUGUGCCAGAUUCAUUGCUGUCUGAUUUCAAAAUUUCUCCAAGGAACAUUUCUAGCAGAUAUGGCAGAGAAAGUGAAUAACUUCCCUCCGCUCCCCAAGUUUAUUCCUCUGAAACCGUGCUUCUACCAGAACUUUGCCGAUGAAAUUCCCAUAGACUAUCAGAGUUUGGUGAAGAGAAUUUACCAUUUAUGGAUCUUUUACUGCAUCACACUAGUGGUGAAUCUAAUUGGCUGCCUGGCCUGGUGGAUUGGUGGUGGUUAUGGCGUUAAUUUUGGCUUGGCCAUCCUUUGGCUUUUUCUGUUCAGCCCCUGCAGUUACGUAUGCUGGUUCCGGCCUGCAUACAAAGGUUUUCGGUCUGACAGCUCUUUUAAUUUCAUGGCUUUUUUCUUCAUCUUUGGUGCCCAGUUUGUUCUGACAGUCAUACAAGCAAUCGGUUUCUCCGGCUGGGGUGCAUGGUUGGCGGUCACAACAAACGACCGUCUCUGUAUUUCACUUUCUUCCAGCGGAUGGUUGGCAGCCACUACUUUUUUCAGUACCAGUGUUGCCGCGGCUGUGUUCAUGCUGUUCCCAGCCAUACUGUUUACGGUGUCGGCAGUUGCGAUGUCCUUCUAUCUCCUAAGGGUACAUAAAAUUUACCGAGGGGCUGGCGGAAGCUUUCAGAAAGCCCAGGAUGAAUGGAACAGCGGCUCAUGGAGGGACCCCCCGAGCAGGGAAGCUCAGUACAAUAACUUUUCUGGAAACAGUCUGCCACAGUAUCCCACGGUGCCCAACUAUCCCACGGGAAAUCAAUGGCCUUAAGCAGCAACAGCUGUCAAACUGCCUGGAUUAUCUUUUUUUGGUCUCAUCAUUAUUAUUUUUUAUUAUUUGAAAAUAUCACUUGUUUUUUUUCCCGUCAUCUUUGGGGUUUUUUAAUUCCCUCCUCCCCAUGACUGCAGAAAAUCUGUGCACUCAGCGUGUACUGCCUCCAGGGAUUUGCCCAUCUCUGUUGGAAUGUUUUAUUUUGUGCACAGAUGCCAGUAUUUGCCUUGCUGCAGACCGAGGAACUAUUCGCUGCCCUUGCUUGGGGGAAUCCUCCAAUGAUCAGUACAUGGAAAAGGCUGAUUUUCCCUCUGCAAAGAACACUUUAAGAUGCUCUUUCCCCUUCCCUCUUCAUUCAUAUCAGAUGCAGAGUACACCACAGCCAUCUUCCUGUUACUGAGCAGGGGACGCAAUUGGAAAUGGGCAUCCACCGGUAUCUCCUGAUGAGUUUUCUGGAAUUUCUGUUUCUCGAAGGGAAAUGUCUCAUCUAUUUUAUUUUGUGCCUCGUAAGAUUGAAAUUGGCGGCCAGGGCUCCCUUUUUGUUCAUAAAGCCCUUGAAGGUCUAAACCUUCUCUUGAGUUCUCUGUAGUGAGAAAAUGCUUUAGAUAACUCUGCUCACAGUGAGUGAUUGCUGGACAUUGCAUCUGAUUAGCAGAACAUCCACUCAGCUGGUGAGGUAUUCUACUGUUACAAUUCGUCAUGUCCCCCUCCACCCCCCAAAAAAGGGUUUUUCUUACAAUAGGAUCUACAUGCUUUGAAAGUACCACUUCAUCUCACUUGUCUAUAACCCUUGCUUGCUAAUGGCCUGAUUGAAAGCUCAGUGGAAUCACUGACUUCAGUGGGCUUUGGCUCAGACUGCAUCAGUUAUAUUCACUCUUAUGCAGACAGCCAACACAGGACCUAGGCAUCACUUAAGUCCCGCUUACGCAGUGUCUAGAUUUUGUGCUGGCCCCAAGUAUCAUCUCCCUCCUGAUUGAAUCUCACCCCAUUGACAAACCCUAAAAAUGUAAAUAAUCUUCCGGCUACAGUUCUGUAGCCAGGUGGUAGAUAACUGUAAAUCUGAAUACCAAGAAUGACUUGUACAUGAAUGAAUACUAAGAAUGAUUUAGGAGUAACUCCGUUAAAAUGGAUGGAUUAAUCCCUGAUUUAUUCUGACAUAGGUUAGAUCCGAAUCUGAUCAAGUUUCUUAUGCUUGUGAAUUGUUCUACUCCAAUAUGUCACCUGUUAUACUACAAAAUGCUUAAUAGUCUUGUGAACGAUCCUUUAUUUAGUCAUGCAGGACCACUCCCCUGAUAUACAGCCAGCUGUACAGCUCUUCUCUCUACUUCAGCAUGCAGGCAGAGAGAGGUGGUAUUGUCUUUCCCUAAGAAGUUGGUUGAGGGGAAGAGAGAGGUUCUGUUGAGAGGGUCUUUUCUUGCUGAGAACUAGGCUUUGUGUACACUACAAAUGCUUUCUGGUAUAGCUGUAACAACCAGAGCACCCAAGUAUAGACAUAGCAUAUGACGACCGAAGUUUUGUUGUUGGCCAGUAACACCAUCUCACUGAAUGACAUUAGCUAUAUCGACAGAAGCACUGUUAUGCUUGCUGAGCUGCGUCUGUACUGGGGGGGUUUUGCUGACAUAGCUAUGUUGGCUACAGGGGAUGUUGAUUUGUUUUUUGUUUCACACCUCCACCAGCUUAGCUAUGCUGGCAAAACUUUGUAGUGUAGACCUGGCCAUAGUAUGUGUCAGUGCUGACUUCACAUCCUUUUAUCGAUUUCUCAUGUCACAACUACUGGAAUCUGUAGGCAGAGCAGUCUAAUUCCUUUCCAUUUUGUACUAUGUCAGCCCACGCAGUACAAGCUACAGUUUCUCAUUUCUCCUUAAAAAAUCUGCUACUCAAUGUUGAGAUUUUUCCAAUCAGCCUGUGAGAUUUGGAUGCCCGAUUUCCGUUAAUUUUUAUGAGAGCUGAGCCUUCAAAACCCUUCAGCAGCUUUGAAAGUCUCUGCUAAAGAUCCUGUGAGGUGCUAAAGCCUUCAACUUCAGAAAGACAUGAAGGAGGUUUGGUAUUUGUUCAGAUCUGCGCACUAGUGCUGGAUUCUGCUCUGUCGUGUUGAUGUGAAUCCAGAGUAACUCCAUAGCUAACAGUGGAGUUAUGCCAAAUUUACACUGAGUAACUGGAAACAGAAUCUGCUCCUGAAAGGCUUAGAAAAGGUCUCCAAGCUGGAUGGAAUCCAUUUGCAAAUGAUCUUUUGAAAAUGGUCUCAAUAUACAAGUGCCUUAUUCAAUAAUAUAUUAGCUCCUAGGGGAGAGUUCUCCUUCCCCCAGUGCCCCGUUCCCCAUUUUGUUUAGUCUUAAUUUUUUCCCUAUAUUGUAUAUAUUGUAAAUAUUAAGUAAGUGAAAUGCAUUACCAUGGGAUUUGUGUGACAUCUUUAUCAGAUGGACCAAAGCAACUAAUUAACACUGGAGGCCAAAGCCUCCUUGAACUUCAGUUUAAAAGCAACAUUUCCCAUUGCUGCAAAGCCAGCCCUUUGCUGGGCCUCUCAAAUAUCUUUCUCACACAUUCCUAACACAGUGGUGUGUGUGUGUGAGAUUUGCUCAUAAACAUAAGGACAGAUGCUUGGAGUUUUGCUAACAGAAUACGGUCCAAUCAUGUUACCGAACUUUUAGUUGCCUUCAUCUUGCGUAAUGUGUUGUGUGGAUUUUCUUUGCAUGCUUGCCAUCGAAAGGGUGGUGAAAGAGAACUGCCUGUCAUUUAACUCCCUGGAAAUACGAACAUGCUGCCCAGGGGAUGGGUCAAAAUUCCCAGUGCUUGGAUCCUGUUAACGAAAACUGGAGUCCUGCCUGUAAUUUGCCACAUCGGGAAGCCUAAACAUAGCGUGCCUGCCUAACCUCAUCCUUGGAGGUUUGGAAUAUCAUCCGCUCCUCUUGGCCAUUUUUUUCUAUAUGGGGUGACUGCAGGUGAGUCGUAAUUCCAGAAAGUUGACUCAAUCAAUGUGCUGCCAGAACUGUUGUGGCUUAUUUUUGGAAUCAUAGCUAUAUUUUUAUAAAUGUAAUGUUUACAUUAGAUUUCUAAGGAACUACCAAUGUUUUGGAGAAUUGUUAACCUGGACUUAGCCAACUUUUAAUUUUUGUUCUGCAUCAUGUUAUGUGGGAUGCUUUGUGUCGUCUGUGGGGUUCUUUGUUGUUUUCCUUGCAGGGGUCAAAUAAAUCCUCAUUCUAUGCUCAAUACGAA